CCCAGGCAACUUUAUUUAUUAACAUACAAAUAAAAUCACAUUUCAGUACAAAUAAAAUAUCACCAUAGAUAUUAAAAAAUCAAAUAAUGCAUUUAAAAAAUGGGGGUACAGAGCUAAACAGACUUCACAAUAGAGGAAACUCAAAUGGCUGACAAACACUUAAAGAAAUAUUCAACAUCCUUAGCCACCAGGGGAAUGCAAAUCAAAAUUACUUUGAGAUUCUGUAUUACAUCUGUCAGAAUGGUUAAGAUCAAUAGUAAAGUUGAUAGCUCAUGCUGGUGAGGAUGUGGAAUAAGGAACACUCAUCCAUUGCUGGUGGGAGUGCAAACUUGUACAGCCACUAUGGAAAUCAAUACAGUGGUUCCUCAGAAAAAUGGGUCCAUCUACCUCAUUACCCAGCUAUACCACUCUUGGGCAUAUACCCAAAGGACUCUACAUCUUACUACGGAGACAUUUGCUUAACCAUAUUCAUUGCUGCUCUAUUCAUAAUGGCCAGAAAUUGGAAACAACCUAGAUGUCCCUCAACAGAAGAAAUGGAUAAAGAAAAUGUACAUUUGCACAACGGAGUAUUACUCAGCUGUUUAAAAAAAUGACAUGAAAUUUGCAGGCAAAUGGAUGGGACUAGAAAAGAUCAUCCUGAGGUAACUCAGACCCAGGAAAACAGACAUGGUAUAUAUUUGCUUACAUGUGGAUAUUAGCCACUAAGUAAAUAAUAACCAAGCUACAGUCUGUAACCAGAGAGGUUAGGUAUAGAGGAAUAGAGGGGACACAUGGAUCUCCCUAGGAGGGGGAGAUAGAUGUUAUGGGUAGAAGGGGUGUUGGUGGGGGAAUGAAAGGAUCAGGUGGGGAGAAGGAGGAGGGAAUAUGGGAGAGACAGCUAUAUUGGAGUUGUGAUAUGGAAACAUAGUGUCGUGGAAACUUUCUAAAAUAUAUAAAGGCCAUUUAAUGAAGUCUCCAAAUAAUGGGGGAGAUCUCUUGUCACCAAAUGAAGCUUCUAAUACAGGGCCAGGUUACAUCCAAUUGAGUUAUUGGCCAAAGGGAUCUUAUGGAAAUUCCCAAACAACUCAGGCUUUUGCUAAGACUAUAGGGUUGCUCUCCACAAACUGACAGCAAGGCCCCACUGCUUAAGACAACUCCUACACAACUCAGUGAACAUGGAGAGGUCAAGCUGGUGCCUACAUAACCUUCAUCCCUGUGUUCUAGUGUCUUUGGUACGGGAAGGUACUCUGCAGGCCACCAAAAGAGAAAUGAAAACUCCAAGCCAUUCACAAACCCUUUGAUUUACAAUGCUGUUCUGCUGGCAAAAUAUACUAGCGCAAUGGUUGUACAAAGCUUGUGAGAGUAACCAGCCAAUGUCUGAUUUGACUUAAGACCCACUUCAGGAGAUGCAACCUAUACCUGACACUGUGUAGGUGACCGAGAACCAGAGACUGGGUAUCCCAGAGACCUAGGGUAAAAGCUAAUACUACUGAUCUUAAAAAAAAAAAAAAAAAAAAGAAAGAAAGAAAAGUAUCAACAAUGACUCCUAAUGAUGUUCUGCUAUACUCAAAGAUCAGUGCUGUGCUCAGCCAUCAUCAGAGACACUUCCUCCUGUAGCAGAUGGGAACAAAUACAGAGACCCACAGCCAGACACUGGGCAGAGAGAGACCUUAGAACACAUCACUUUUCUUUUUUUUUUAUUUUAUUUAACUAUAUAUAUAUAUAUAUAUAUAAAUGAGGUUUCUCUGUCUAACAGUCCUGGCUGUCCUGGAACUCUCUUUGUAGACCAGGCUGGCCUUGAUUGAACUCACAGACUUCUGCUUCCCUCUGUCUCCUGAGUGCUGGGAUUAAAGGUGUGCACCUGACGGGAACACACAGCUCUAAAUGGGAUGCCUCUAUCAAAUCCCUCCCCAAAGAGCUCAGGGAAGGCCAAGGAAGAGGAGGCAGAGUGUAAGAGCCAGAGGGGAUUGAGGACACCAGGAGAACAAGGCUCAUAUGAACUCACAGUGAUAGGGCCAACAGGUCCUCUGCAUCUAUAUUAUAGCUUUCAGUUUAGUAUUUUUAUGGGAUUUCUGAGCAUAUGAAUGAGUGAGUCUCUGAUUCUUGUGCCUGCUCUUGGGACUCUUUUCCUUCUGUUGGGUUGCCUUGUCCAACUUCAAUGUCAUGGUUUGUGUUUUAUCUUAUAUUCUAUUUUGUCAUGUUUGUUGUUAUCUCUUGGAAGUUCCCCUCCCUGCCUCCUGCUUGCACUUUAAGGUGUGAGUUCCCAGUUCUUGCCACCACGCCUUUAUUCCACCAUCAUGGACUCAACCCUCUGUAACCAUAAGCUGAAUUGAAUACUUUCUUUUGUAAGUUUCCUUGGUCGUGGUGUUUUUGGGUUUUUUUUUUUUGUUGUUAUUUUUUAUUUUAUUUUUUUGAUUUUUUGAGACAGUGUUUCUCUGUGUAGCUUUGGCGCCUUUCCUGGAUCUUGCUCUGUAGCCCAGGCUGGCCUCGAACUCACAGAGAUCCAUGGGCCUCUGCCUCCUGAGUGCUGGGAUUAAAGGUGUGUGUCAUUACUGCCCAGUGGUCAUGGUGUUUUAUCACAGCAAUAGAAAAGUAACAAAGAUUCCCUCCCAAAUCUGAAAAUCGGGCUUGGUGAUUUUGAAUACAGACGUAAUCAAAGUAAAUUUUCAGUUAGAAUCCCAGUGUUUCCCAGUUUUAUUGCCAUUCCACCAAAGCACAUUUAUAAUAAGUUGAAAAUGAUUUGGAGACUGCCUCCACUGUCCACUAGUUAAGACUUAAUUCUUUAACAAAAGCAUGCUUCAAACAGAAUGCGGUCAGCUGACUAAUGCACCCUCCCAUAGCCAUCCAGACCCUGCCCGCUGGCCCGUGUGAAUAGAUGCUAAAGGGACCUUGCAGCUCUGAUCACAUUCAGGAUCUUGAGAUUACAGGACCUUCCUGGCUCCUGUGGAGGUGCCUGGUAUAGACACAGGGGUCCACAGAGAGAGGCAAAAGAUGAGAGGAGAGGGCAGCUCCUCCACAGAAGCAGAGGCCGUGAGUCUUAGGAAGAUGGCCUUUAAAGCUGGAAAAGACAGGAAACAGAGUCUCCCCAAAGCCCCUUCAAGGAACCAGCCCUCCUGGCAUCUUUAUUUUAGCCCUAAAAUCAUUUUGGAUUCUGACUUCCAGAAGUUCAAUAGGACAAAUUUGUGUUGUAGGGAAGUCAUGAAGAUUGUGUUCACUUGUUGGAGCAGAAAGAGGAAACUCAGGGAAAUGAGUAGCAGCCAUUUCUGCUGUCAGUUGUCAUUAUUUCAAGUUGCUUUUAUGAGCAAAGCUUGUCUUACCUAGCAACAGUUGUCAAGUAAGUUGACAACUUAGUGCUAGACACUCAGACAGAGAAACUACUUAUCUCUUCCCAAAUCCAGUGUCCAUAGCUUCUAUGGCAGAGGCUGUUAGUACCAUUCCUUAGACGUAUAGCCACUGCCUAAUCAUGAUGGAUUGUUUAGUCCUUACCAGCCUCUAACAGAAUCUUAAAACCCUGACCCUCUUCCAGCUUUCUUAGAGUUCUAGCUUCUCUUGAAACUACCAUUUUUUUUCCUGAUCCUGGUAUUAUUUUAACUGUAAGCAGUAAAAGGAAUCAGAACUUUAACUAUGAUCAGAAAUCCAGAUUAUACUAAUUUUAUUUGCUGUGCUGUUUGCCAUAAAAUAAUCCCACCAGCCCCUUUCGGAGAAACCUUCAAACGGAUCCAUGAAUACAAGCCAUUUAAGACACGCUUUUACACUCACAAAGAUAUACUGAAUAUUGGGGCAAGUAUUCUGAACCAAGAAGAGCAGCUUCAACAGGCUGCACUCAAGGAAAGCAUUGCAAAAGCAGAAGCUAGAGUGUGGCAGCAGGCUGCUGAACUCCAAAAACAAGCAGUGGAAAAAGCACUCGAGGAUGCAAAUGACAGGCACAAAUUUGAAAUUCAGAUGCUGGAAGAACAACAUCAAAAAGACUUAAAGGCUGUAGAAGAGAAAACCAAGAUGGAAAUGUUUCAAAACAUGGAUGAGGAACUGAAGAGAGAGAACUCUGCUGCAGAACAACGGAUGGUCCACAGAAUCCAGAGGAUUAUGAUGGAGUGCCACAGAGAAAAGAUAGCAGCUGUGAAUAAAGCCAGGGAAGAAGAAAGAGAGAUUGCCCAGAAAGCUGUUCAGGAACAGAGAAGCAAGGCCAUGGAGGAAUUUGUGAGUACUGGUGUAACGGCUAUUAAAGACCAGAAGACAAGCUUGGGCCAGUUGAUCAAAGCAAAGGAGCAUGAAAUGAACACCUACUAUGGCCUGGCUCAGAGGCAGAAGCAAGAAGAAGUGCAGGUAGUGCUCCAGGAAGCCGAGAAAACACACCAGGCCAAUCUUGACAAUGUGAUGGACAAGCUCGUCAACACCCAGGGAGAGCUGGUGUCUGUGGCAAGGCAGCUGGGAAUCAUGACAAACUGGAAAGAUUUCCUGGAGGAGGAAUUACAGGAGACCAGGGCAGCAUUUCAGAAGUAUAUCAAUUACACCUUCCCCAAGCUCUCCCCAGGACAUGCCGACUUCAUUCUGCCGGAAAGAAAGAAAACACCUUCCCAUCUUCCUCACGACAAUACAAAGAAUACUAACUAGACAUCAGCUGACAUGUCACCCCAAAAGACAGCGUUCCAAAGCUGAAUAAAUAUACUCAAUACCACUUACUGA